AUGUUCAAGCUCGUAUGUCUGCUGGCUCUAGUUGCCAGUAUUUCUGCCACACCAACAAUCCACCUUAAAUCGCUGUUGCUUAAACAUCUCGCUGGUCAUGUCGAAGGUCCAGGUCCAGUUUAUGGUCCUGCUCCUCAACCAAUUGCCUAUGAAGCUCAGCCAACGUACUACUAUGCCCAACCAGCUGCCCCCGUCUCCGCUCCAGCUCCUGUAGUAGUUGAGGCUCGUCAGGCUCCAGUCCAAGCACCUGUGCACCACGUAAUAUAUCUGGCUCAACCUCAACCCCAGCCCCAGGCUGUUUCCUAUGCAGCUCCUGCUCCUGAGCCCGUGGCCUACCAUGCUGCUCCUGAGCCCGUGGCCUACCAUGCUGCUCCUGCGCCCGUUGCCUACCAUGCUGCUCCUGAGACUAUUGCCUAUCAUGCUGCUCCUGCGCCCGUUGCCUACCAAGCUGCUCCUCAGCAGGUUACCUACGAAGCAGGACCAGAACAGGUGUUGUACAAGAAGCCACAUGGAUUCGAAAUUACUAAGCGGUUCCUUUUCUAAA